AUGGUUCAUAAAUGCUCCAAAGCCUUUAUAUGCUUGAUUGCAACACUUGGGCUCUUGGUAUUUUCAAUAUGGCUAGGCGUCAAUUCCGACAAAGACAACAUUCCAUCUUUAAUCAACCAGUUGAUUCCCGCAGACCACUGCGCUUGUGAGACUGCAACAAUCUUCAAGUGUGAUAGCUGUUUACAAUGCUUUGCUGAAUCGGGUUCUCGCACUAACCUGGACCUUGGCAAUCAGUCCCUUAACGACACAGAGUGUCAGGCUUUCUUUCCAGGCCUUUUUGAAGAUAUUAUCCGUGCCCAGGAGUUUUGGUCUCCGCAUGGACCUCGCAAAGCUGAUCUAGAUCAGAUUCAAAUGACUAAUGGUAUGGCUCGAGCCACAAUUUUUCGAGGAAGGUUGUACGUGAAAGAGGUACAAGCAAGAAAUGAAGACCAUCGACGGAAAAUUGUAGGGAUUCUAAGCUCUAUUUAUUAUGCUAUGGUGUCUGGCCUGAACACUGCUCUUCCUAACACCGAAUUUAUCUUUUCUGUCGAGGAUAAGCUAUCAGAUGUUAUGGGAUCACAUCAACAACCUCCUCUAUGGGUAUUAGCAAGAAAAGCUUCCGAAGAAUCUGUCUGGCUGAUGCCUGACUUUGGAUUCUGGGCUUGGGAAAAUGAUCAAUUUGAUGCCUCCAUUGGGCCAUACGAUCAGGUGGUCGAGCAUAUCAGACAAAAAGAGCCGGAAUGGAUCAAUAAAACAAAUAAGCUGGUCUGGCGAGGAAAACUUAGUUUUGCACCUAAGUUACGACGUACAUUGCUUGAGGUCUCCCGAAAUCAACCAUGGGGAGAUAUAAAGGAAGUCGAAUGGGGAAGCAAGGCAAAUUUUCUUAGUAUGGAAGAUCACUGCAAGUACCGCUUCAUUGCACAUAUAGAAGGCCGCUCUUAUUCUGCAUCCUUGAAAUAUCGACAAGCUUGCCGAUCAGUUCUUGUCACUCAUAAAUUACAGUAUAUCCAGCACCAUCACUAUCUCCUUAUUUCAACCGGACCGCAGCAGAAUUUUGUUGAAGUAGAGAGAGAUUGGUCUGAUUUACGAGAGACCAUAGAAGGGCUUCUUGAUAAUCCCGUGGAAGCGGAGAGAAUUGCAGACAAUAGCGUCAAUGUCUUCCAGCACUAUCUUUCGCCGGCGGCGAAUGCCUGCUACUGGCGAACACUUUUGCAUGCUUGGGCUACAGUAUCCCCGGAUAUCUCUUUGACUCUAGAGAAUCUAGGCACUUCGAAAGGUCUUCGAUAUGAGUCAUUUAUACUGCUGGAGCCGAGCCGCAUGUUGCACUUUUCUAUGUAA